AACCCCCUCACUUAGUCGGGCGCCGGACCCCUCGCCACCCACACCACAACCGCUUCUCGCACACCCACACCCUGCGGCACCAUGUGGGCGCGCGUCUGCCUCCUGCUGCUGGCGUGGGCGACCCUGGGAUCCUGCGUGCCCGCUAGGGAGGAGGAGGAGGAGGAUGCCCUACGGAGGAUAGCCAGACAAGCCCCUGUGUUUGGCAUCUCGCAUCUGGACAUCCGCAACGCCAUUUUGAUGAUGGAGAAGAGCAUCAAGGGCGUGGCGAGCAAGUUAUCCAGACACGAGGCGAGGGAGAUGCAGAAUGCUGUGUCCACCACCCAGAAACUGAAUGGGAUAGCCACGGGACUGAGUGACGCGGGGACCGGCAUGCAAGUGGUGGCGCGGCAGCUGGCGGUGAUGGAGGAGCGCUUGCUGUCACUGGAAGCCCUGGUGCAGACGACCGAUGAGAGGCAGAGAAUGAAGUUGGACCAGCUCACCCUAGGCUUGGACCGUCUGUUAGCACGGGACCUGAGCUUCCAGGACCUGCCGCCCUUGCCUGACGCCGCGCAAGGAGAACCAGAGGAAGAGUCCGCUGUCAUGAAAGCUGUCAAGAAAAUGAGUCGCAAGCUGGCGGGAGUAGAGACGAUGAUACAAAGGGACAUGCGGGCUGUUUCAGAUGAGGUGACGAGCGUCGGUGAGUCGCUUGGGCAGCACAUGGGUCAACUGAACGACCGCCAUGACCGCCUCGAGGCACAGCUGGGAGAGUCACGCGCGCUCUCUCAGGUGUCCUUCCAUAUGUUGAACGAAUCCCUCGCUGCCUCCUCCGCCGCUAUCCAGCAACAGAUACAGAGUCAGGAAGGUGGUGGGUGCAGCGGCGCCAGUGCUGCUGGAGUAAGUGAAGAGGUGAACACUUGUCUGGAAACACUCAGUCUUCACGCCAUCCAGCAGGAGGAGAAUCUUGAAAACCUUAGACAGGAAACACACAGGAGUCUGGAGGAGCACUUGGUCACUCUGCAGAAGAUACUACUCGAGACUCACGCCGGCCAGACCCUGCUGAAUACCUCCAUAGCAGACCUGACCCAGAGCCUCUCCCAGGUCAACACGAGUACGCAAGGCGGCCUUACCAAAUUGGCCUCGAACAUACAGGCGGUCCAGACAGACUCAGUGGGCGCUAUAUCAGUCUUAGAGGAGAAGCUACAUGAGGACAAUACUUAUAUCAAGGAGAUGCUGGAAGCUCGCGCCGAGCAGAUGGAGAAGCUUCACAACACCGUGCUGAAGAAUGUUGGGCAGGUGAUGAUCCAGACGGCAGACUCUGUGCUGGACACCAAGAGAAGCAUUGAGUUUGGCGUCCAGCAGAUUAUACUGGAGCUGAGUGAGAUCGUGAGGAGCAGCGGCAGCACCAUCAACACCACACUCCACGACCAAAUCAAUAAAAUCUCGGUCGCUAUCCUCAAGAACCAGACGUCGGCUCUCACCAACAUGACGGCGAGGAUGGAGCAGGAGAUCUCGCAGGUGUGGCGUCAGAUCGGCAUCAUGUACCAGCAGAUGAUUCAGUCCGUUGACCUCCUGGACGAACUCAAGGACACCACCAACGAGCACAUGAACGCGUCCCUCAGCCGUGUAGGAAACAUGGACGGCACUGUGGGAAAGAUCAACUCCAAGGUCAUUGAUGUGGAGAAUAACCUUAAUUAUCUCCUGGGUCGUCUUUCCCUCGUCGUUUCUGAGUUUAAUCUCUUGAAGAACGGCGUGGGUGAGGAAUUGAUGCGACUUCGAGAUAACCUGGCGAGUCAAAACAACAGUCCUGUAGAGUUCGCGGAGGGAGAAGAGCCACCAGCCGACAGCCGCUACGAUGUGAACCGCAAACGAGAUGCUCCUCUUCCCCACAACAGAGCAGGAGCCUUCUAGCGGCGCCCGGCUGCCUCGCGCUGGCCAUUGUAGUUUGUAAGUUAUAGUUGUCCAUCAGUCACUCGGUCUUCCUUCUCCUUGUAGUCAUUUGUAUGUCUUAUUUGUGCUUGGUUCCAGUAGUUACUUGAAUAAAGGGAAAUUAUUAGGACUA